UAGUAUGCCGAAAAUCAGCGCAAGUUACUCGUCAAUCGCUGAGGCAAAUCGCUCACCACUGCCUCUAUCUCUACGUGCCAAUGUUCCAAUCUUCCUCCUUGUCCUUCUCUUCUCGCUCCCCUCCGCCACUUCGGCUCUCAGUCUGCAGUACAGCUACCCUACGUCCGGCGACUACAACCGCGUAGAGCUUACCUGCAAGGAGACUUUCGAAGCCGUGAGCGGCGCUACGUUUUACCUGUCCCGCGGGGGCACGGAGUCCCAGGAGCAGAUUGUGGGGGAGCAAGUGGGGGACGAGGACGAGACGAUACUCUACACCCUCUCUCCAGCGAACGAGGGGUCGUUCUGGUGCGAGUUUAACGGAGAAACGUCUGAGAGUGUCCCUCUUGCAGCUCAGCCAGCACUGUACUAUGACUGCACCAGUGAUGACCCAGUCUCACUGGACUACCAAAUGAGAGACUUCUCACCAGAUGAUCGAUACUCAUUCAACUGUACCAUCCGUCCUGGGGUCAUGCGGAGCAGCUACACCCUAGAGUGGCGCUCACGGAGAGGCACAGAUAGAGUUAAAAGUCACCCUGAUGUGGAUAUUCGUUCGUUUGCGGUUAACCUGACCUCGAGUAAUCUGACAGUGUUGUAUAAGGAGGAGAAACUGUUGGAGUGUCGAGUUGUCAUACAACAUGCUCCAGGCAAAGACAGAACCUACUGCGGCCGAGGGAUUAGAGCUGCUGUAAAAGCCAAUAUCUCACAGCACCUUCCACCAAAGACUGAAACCCGACCCAACACCUCUUUUAACCUCACCUGCACAGCCACUGGCAGUGAGCUGAACUUCACAUGGACAUACGGCAACAACCAUUACAACACCUCAACUGACGGUUGCCACAGUGAUGGGAUAUGCGUACACGAGAUUACGUCGUCCGAAACGCCGUUGAAAAAGACGAGUAUUCUCGCAGUGGGUGGAGCCAUGGUGGUAGCAGGGUCCGAGACCGAUGUCAGGUGUACCGUGACUCAGAACCUGCCUGACAGGUUUGAGCCCGAGACAUUGGUCAGUCAUGGAACAGUGACCGUUGCCAAGAGCGAUGAAUUAGACAGUGAUGUCAGUGAAAACACCAAGGAAGACAUUGAAGAAGUAACUUCCCCGACAUCGGCAACAUCAUCAUCAUCAUCAGAGACUCCGUCAACAAACGAUGUGGGAACCACUCCACCCAACCCCACCCCCCUCCUCAACGAUCUCCACAUACUGCUCAUCAUCCUCGUGGUGCCUGUGACUAUCAUUGUCCUUGUUGGCCUCUAUCUGCUCUACCGCUACAAGAGAAGGACACCAGAUGGUGAAAACUGCUACAAGAGAAGGACACCAGAUGGUGAAAAUGGAGAAAUUGCCGCAGAUUGCUACCCAACUCGUGCGGCCACGUCGCCAAGCAACCAUCCUCUGGUCUCAAUGAGUUCUGACGAAUCAGACGGCAGUUUCGACUCGUCCGUUCUCCCCGAAUUCCUGCACCUCUUCCACCACGCAGCGUCUCGAUUCCUGACACUCGUCCUCCCUUCUUCUUUCCAUUCGUGGCUCAGUACGAGUGACCCGAGGCAGACCUCCAUACCUCUUCCAGGUCUGUUCAACAACAGAGCUACUAAUCAACUGUACCACGCCGUGAACCACCGCACGAGACAAGUCCGGUCCAAACGAUGCCAAAAGGACCAAACGUGCACCAUUUUCAGCACCCUUCACGAACUAAUCGUCAAAGACACCAGAACCGGUGCAGUCAAGAAGAUUUGCUGGCCUCAACCGACGCCAGACUUA